UCACAUUUUCCCUCCCUCCCUCCCACUAUUCCCCCAAAUCACAUUUCAUCCUCCAUUAAUACCCACAAAAUCCAAGCUCCUAAUAAAAAAAAAAACCUCUCCAGACUUCAGAAUGGCUCCAUUCCAUCCCCUCUUCCUCGCCAUCAUCAUCCUCUCCAACGUUGUCGUUUCGCACCAGCAAGACUACGCCGCCGUCAUCCCCGCCCUCAACUCCGCCGAGCAGGAAGCCACGUACCGGGUCCUCGACUCCAUCAACUCCGGCAUCCCCUGGCGCUCCGUCUUCCCCGGCGACCUCUGCUCCUCCGCCCCACACGGCGUCGUUUGCAGCUACUUCUCCGAAGUAAACUCCUCCGACGACGAAACCGUCCACGUCACCGAGCUCAGCUUCGGCUACGUCUCCGACUACACCCCGAACCCGCCCUGCGCCGCGGACGCCGUCCUCAGCCCCCUCCUCUUCACGUCGUUCCCGUUCCUCCGUAAGCUCUUCUUCUACAAUUGCUUCAACCACUCUCCCGUUUCCUUCCCGGACAUCGCAGUGGGCCCCACCGACACGCUAGAAGAGCUUGUCUUCAUCGACAACCCGUCGUUCGUCGGCUCCUUAAGCGGCGUCCUCCGUAAUUUCACGAGCUUACGGAGGGUAGUUCUGACCGGGAACAGAGUGUACGGAAGAAUCCCGGAUAUUGUCGGCGACUUGGUCAACUUAGAAGAGUUAACUCUCUCGAGAAACCAGCUAAGCGGUGAAAUACCAUUGAGUUUGGCGAGAUUAAAGAACCUAAAAGUUCUUGAUCUUAGCCAUAAUUUCUUAUCGGGAAAAGUUCCUCCAUCAAUGGGCAUUAAUCAGUCGGAGCUUCUGAAGCUGGACUUGAGCUCCAAUGGGCUCUCCGGCAGAAUCCCGGAGAGUUUCGGAGCGUUUAAGAAGCUCCAGUUUUUGGACUUGAGCUUCAACAGUUUUGGGAGCUUCGGAGUUCCUAUGUUCUUGUCGGACAUGACCAAACUCAGAGAGGUCUACUUGAGCGGUAACUACCUCGGAGGUCAGAUUCCAGACGUGUGGGAAAAUCUCGGAAAUGUCGUUCGAGUUGGGUUUUCAGACAUGGGUUUGGAAGGCAAUAUUCCUGCUUCAAUGGGAGCGUAUUUGAAAAACUUAAGCUAUUUGGGGCUCGACAAUAACAAGCUUGAAGGAACAGUACCAAAAGAGUUUGGGCUUUUGAAGUUUGUGGGUGAAAUCAAUCUGGAAAACAACAGCUUGAGCGGUAGAGUUUCUUUUCCCGGUUCAAACUUAACUUCAAGAAUUGGUCAAACUCUCAAAUUGGAAGGAAACCCAGGACUUUGUGUUGAUGAUGAGGAUGUUUUGUGGUCUGCCAAGAAUAGUAGUAAUGGGAGUUUUGGUCAAUUGAAGUUGUGUAAGAAAGAAGGACAGAAACCCAACCCGGUCCCACUUGAGGGAAGCUUAUCUACAGCUCAGGCUUUUCCUAAUUCUGGGUUUGUGAUUUUGGGGUUGUUGAUUUUGCUUUUGUUUGCUUAAUUUUCUAGGAUUAGAGUUCGACAUUUUUUUUUUUGUUUUGGUUGUGGAUUAGGAUGUUA